AUGGACCUUGCCGCAAUUCCCCGCAGUGGCAAAUAUCGUGGCAGGCAUCAGAACCAGGGCAUGGAAAUUAUUGUUCAGCGUCGGUAAUAAGAGGACGAACAAGCUCAAUCACAAUUACAAUUAACUACUUCAAUCCGGGCGAUGGUCAUUGGAUAGACGCGUCUCCCCUCAUGGAUCCUUUGGAAAACACGGCUACGCCCCCUUGACCGAGACCCCAUUCGCAUGGUAAAGAGCGCAUUCAAGCUUUCUCUUGGUCAGCCUCCUCAUAUCGAUCCAAUCUGCGUCGGUAUGCACUGCCGAGCAACGUGAAGGCCAUUUAAAAUAUACAGCAUGUACCACACAAACGCCCAGUGCAAAAUUGGGAGUUGGGGAAGUGCCUAAUACUAUCGGCGACCUUGGGCGAUGUAUAAAGCGGGGUUUCCAGAUUUAAGGGUUGGAGAAGCCGCUUCCUAACGUGUUGGUGGUACGACUGUCGACUCAGCAUGGCCGGGAAUGCGAUUCUCAGUGCCUUCGUGGCGUCGUUGUGCCUGUCGUCAGGUGCUUCGGCUUGGCCCUUUGCCAAGAGGCAGACCCUCUCCUACGCCGAUAUCCAGAAGCAGGCUCUCGCCAACGCCAACAAGGUCCUAGAUGGCACUUUGUCAGAUGGCAUGACCCGCACCACAUGUAACAAGAACAAUGUUGCCGUGCGGAAGGAAUAUGGCGACAUGACAAAAGACGAAAGGCUCGAGUACAUCAGAGCCGUCAAAUGCAUUCGGAGCAAGCCAAGCAAGCUUCCUGCCGGAAAGUAUCCCGGUGCUAAGACCCGGUACGAUGACUUCGUUGUGGUGCACAUGAACAUGACGCCGUCGGUCCACUCCACAGCCAACUUUAUGCACUGGCACAGAUACUACAUCUGGGCAUAUGAAACAGCCUUGCAAACGGAGUGUGAAUACAAGGGCACCCAGCCGUACUGGAACUGGGGCAAGUACUCCGAUCUCACCGUCUCUCCGAUCUUCAACGGCGACGAGUGGAGCAUGGGAGGCAAUGGCGACUACGUCAAGCACAGCGGCGGUAUGAUGGGUAUACCUGCUGGACCCGGAGGCGGCUGCGUGACCAAGGGUCCUUUCGGAAACCUGACCGUAAGCCUUGGGCCCCUAAUGUCUACUAUGGACACCUCUCUCAAGAUCCCGAGUAACCCCUCGCGCGACGGCUAUGGCAACAACCCGCGCUGUCUGCGUCGCGACGUCAACAACUACUACAUGACGCGAUCGCUUACAAUGAGCAACCUGGCGAACCACAUCACAAGCAAUAAGGCGAUUGGUGUCUUCCAGUCCUCCCUGCAGAACGACUCGCCCACCAUGCCUGCUAUCCAUAGCUCGGGUCACUUCUCUAUCUGGGGUGACCCAGGAGGUGAUGUCUAUGUCUCGCCAGGUGAGCCAACCUUCUGGCUUCAUCAUGGACAACUAGAUCGCCAUUGGUGGAUGUGGCAGAACUACGUUGAGGCUGAAGUCAAGACCCGAACGAGCCAGUACGAAGGUGGAACCAACUGGAUGAACCCCAACAGCGCCCCAGGUAAAGCAACUGACGCGCAGUGGCUGGAUGUUGUGGCACCGGCGGGAAAGAACGGAAUCCCAAGCAACCAGAUCUUUUCGACCACGGCGGGGCCGUUCUGCUACAUUUAUCAGUAGGCUGUUGGUGGGCUCGGGGAUGGCUCGUUUAGACUGGUACUGCUUGCUGCAAAUUUUCUCGUUUGUGCGAUCACCUUUCCCAACGUGAUAUCCUUUCAAUCGGCAACCGGCAAUCGCUCUCCCACUUCUCCUCUUACCGGACGGAA